AUGUGCUCGACGUCGAGUUGCUGGAAGUCGAAGAAGGCAACACCACCGAGCUGGAUCAGGUGCUCGCCGUGUCGCUCGACGGCCAGAUGCGCUUCGGCGCGCCCACCGUGGACGGGGCCAGGGUCAUCGCCGAGGUCCAGUCCCACUACAAAGAUCGCAAGAUCAUCGUUUACAAGUACAAGGCCAAGACCCGAUACCGCCGCAAGAAGGGGCAUCGGCAGAACUACACUCGUAUCCGCAUUCAAGACAUCGCGACCGGAUACGACUCCGAGCCCGAGGCCGUUCACGAGCCCGAGGCCGUUCACGAGCCCGAGGCCGCGCACGAGCCCGAGGCCGUUCACGAGCCCGAGGCCACGCACGAACCCGAGGCCGUUCACGAGCCUGAGACCGCGCACGAACCCGAGGCCACGCACGAACCCGAGCCGCACGACCGAGAUCGGCACGAACCCGAGGCCGCACGAACCCGAGGCCGUUCACGAGCCCGAGGCCGCGCACGAACCCGAGGCCACGCACGAACCCGAGAUCGCGCACGAACCCGAGAUCGCGCACGAGCCCGAGGCCGUUCACGAGCCCGAGAUCGCACACGAGCCUGAGGCCGUUCACGAACCCGAGAUCGCGCACGAGCCCGAGGCCGUUCACGAGCCCGAGGCCGUUCACGAACCCGAGAACGGAUCCGAGACCCAGACCGGAGGAUAG